UGUCGAACUGGCUAUCCAACGGAUGUGUUUGAAAGAGAGAAGACCAGUGUGAGCUAGCGGCUCAUGAUCGAUCGAUUGGAGCGGUAGCGGUGGAGCUCAUUGGAAAUCACAGGGGUGGAAUUUCCAUGGCGCCCUGCCAGGCGGCUCGCGUCCAGGUGUCGAUCGCUGCUCCUGCAUUUGGAAGCCGCCCCGAGAGCAAGCCUCGGGCUCCAGUGCGCGCAUUGCCGUCCAGGAUUGCUGGCCAGAGUCUAGAAGCGGGCAUUGCGACGAGCAAUCCUCUGCGCUUGCAAAAGCGAAGUAAAGUAUCGGUGAUUUGUGCUCUAGCACAGGCUCAGCCUUCCGUGGCGCUGAGAAAUGCCGAGAAAUCCAUGCAGCUUCCCAUCGACUACUACCAAAUUCUUGGAGCAGAGCCACAUUUCUCCACCGAUGCUGUGAUGAGAGCAUACGAAGCUCGCGUAAGCAACCCUCCCACGGAGGGAUUCAGCGUGGAGCUUCUGAAAGCGCGACAGCAAAUCUUAAAAGUCGCGUGUGAUACACUGGCUGACAGAGAUCUUCGUGACGAGUAUGACCGUGGCUUGAAAGAAGACGAGGCUGGAACUCUGGUUGUGGAAGUUCCUUGGAGCAAAAUACCAGCAGCAUUGUGCCUUCUUCAAGAAGCGGGCGAGGCCGAAGUGGUUUUGCAAGUCGGUGAAGCUCUACUCGAUGAGAAUUUGAAGAAGCCAUUUAAGCAAGAUGUUGUGCUCGUGACGGCUUUGGCUUAUGUUGAGUUAUCAAGGGAGGCAAUGACUGAAAAUCCUCCUGCCGUCAUUCGAAGUUGUGACAUGCUGAACGGGGCUUUGAGGCUUCUACAGGCUGGAGGAAAUAUGCUAGCACCGUCUUUACAGGAAGAAGUAUACGAGACUCUAGAAGAGAUCACACCUCGCUGUGUUUUGGAGCUCCUUGCGCUGCCUCUUGACGAAGAACACAAGUCGCAACGUUCGGAAGGGCUUCAAGAAGUCCGUAACAUUCUCUGGACCGCUGGCGAAGGAGGUCUAAUGGCACCAGUGGGAGGAUACACGCGUGAGCAAUUCAUGAAAGAGGCACUAUCUCGCAUGACUGCAUGCGAGCAGGUGGCGCUGUUCACAGAGACUCCUACGAAUAUACCAGCAGAGAAGCUUGAGAUCUACUCGGCCGCUUUAGCGCAUGUUGCUGAAGGAUUUAAGACGAAGAAGCCUCGGCUGAUUCAAGAGGGUGGAAGCUUGUUCACUCAGCUGCACCAGAGCUUGCGUGACAGAAAUGACAAUCAUCUUAUUACGGACGAGCAAAGAGAUGUGAUGCUUGGACGGGCUCUAUCCGCUCUUUUGCUUGGGGAAGUGGAGAACUGCAAAACUUUCCUCGGGCUGAACGAUGUCAACUCUCCAGAUAGGUGUCCCGAAGUCGCAGAUUUUGUGUUAUCAGGCACAGAUGGCAACGGGGACAGUGACCUGCUUCCAGGGCUUUGCAAAUUGUUGGAAAGCUGGUUAGCCGAGGAGGUUUUUACAAACUUUCGAGAAACGGCAGACUUUCACGUGUCUCUAAGUGACUACUACGACGAUGCAGAGGUGCUUGGAUACCUGGAAAAGCUUGAGAAAGGAAGCUUUCCACAAGAGGCUGCUGCUGCUAUUGCACGUCUCGGAGAAGGUGUUACUAAGCAUUCAAGCAACCGUUUACUACCUCUGCAGAUCGCCUGCAUUGCUGCUGUGUUUGGAGGGCUGGCAAUCGCAAGCGUCAGUUAUCCACCCUUCCAGAAGGUCCUCAAAAGCUGGAGAGUGGCACCUCUCGUGCCAGCACUUACGUCUGCGGUGACUUUAAGGAAAGGUACAACCGAACAGAAGGAGGUCUUAAGAAUGGAUGCAAGGCUAGCAGAGCAGUUGAUACGAAAAUGGCAGGCCGCAAAAGCCAAGGCGCUUGGAGUGACCCGUGCCAUCACUCAACUUAACGAGAUACUCGACGGCCAGAUGCUGAAGAGCUGGACUGAUCGGGCUGUCGAAGUAGCAAAACAUGGAUGGUAUUGGGAAUACAAGCUUCUGGAGAUCAAUAUAGACAGUGUGACUAUUAGCGAGGACGGUAGACGAGCUAUGGUGGAGGCCACUCUUCAAGAAACUGCUCGGCUCUAUGAUAGCAACAAUCCCCAACGCAACGAUUCAUACAAAAGCUCUUACACUACAAGAUAUGAACUUCAUUACGGAGAUAAUGGCUGGAGAAUUACUGAUGGUGCUGUACUUCGUACAUGACAUGGACCUUCACCGGAAUACUGAACAUGGGACAACCACCAUAUGCAGCUUGAUAAAGAGAAGGCAUUCAACCUUCUUUCUUCGGGCUGAAUCUCAAGAGGUAGCCAAGAAAAUGGGAGCUCUGUGGGGAGUCGAUCUGAAGUCCACCUCUGUUAUUGUCCCGGCAUCUCCAACACCAAUUCAGGAACGACGUUUCCUUUCGAAUUUAGAUCAAGUGUUUACAGGCCAGUGGUACAUGAACACCGUGUGGUACUUCAAGCCAGCUUCGGAUCAUUUGAUUCAAGACCAGGAUGCUUUUUUCAAAGGAUUGAAGGACUCAUUGUCGAGGUUAUUGAUUUACUA